CUCGGUAUCCGCCAUCGUUGCUCCUCUCAGACCUACCGGCAGGUGUCGCUCGUCUCCUUGAACCUUCAAGCACGGUUUAUAAAAGAAGAAGAAGAAGAAGAACAUGGAGGAAGUAUGACAGCAAGCUAACUCGGUACACAGAAAGCGAACUGGCCCCUUUAAAAGCUUGGUGUUAAACAAUGAACCAGUCAAGAUGGGGCAGACCCUGUGCAUAUGCUCCCGCGGCUCCAUCACCAUCGACAACAAAAAAUAUUACUUUGUCCAGAAACUCGACGAAGGUGGGUUCAGUUAUGUUGACCUGGUUGAGGGGGCAAAAGAUGGGCGCUUCUAUGCCCUGAAGAGGAUCCUGUGCCAUGACCGUGAAGGCCGCCAGGAGGCUCAGACUGAGGUGGAGAUGCAUCAGAUGUUUAGUCACCCCAACAUCUUGAGCCUGGUUGCUCACACCUUUGUUGAUCGUGGAGGCAAGAGUGAAGCCUGGUUACUUCUCCCUUAUAUUAGUAAAGGCAGUUUGUGGUCUGUUCUGGAGAAGCUAAGAGACAAGGGGAGCUCAAUGCCUGAAAAACAGAUUUUACAAAUUUUGCGUGGCAUCUGCUCUGGACUCAAGGCCAUUCAUGAAAAAGGCUAUGCACACAGAGAUCUGAAGCCCACAAAUGUGCUUCUGGAUGAGGAUGACAGGCCAAUUCUGAUGGACCUGGGAUCUAUGAACCGUGCUAGGAUUGAGGUUAGAGGCACCAGAGAAGCCAUGACCAUACAAGACUGGGCAGCCCAGCGCUGCACCAUUUCCUACAGGGCUCCUGAACUCUUUAAUGUAGAGAGCCACUGCAUUAUAGACGAGCGCACUGAUAUCUGGUCACUUGGCUGUGUGCUUUACUGCAUGAUGAUGUUGGAAGGACCGUAUGACCUGGUGUUUCAGAAGGGGGACAGUGUUGCCCUCGCUGUCCAGAAUCCAGUGGCCAUCCCACAGCCUUGCGGUUACUCAGAGGGCCUGCAGAUGCUUCUGAGCUCCAUAAUGGUGUCCAACCCCCAGGAGAGACCAAACAUCAGUUGGGUUCUUGACCAGGUACAGGAUCUGCAGAGUCGCAGCCCGAACACCCAAACCAACAUGGUGUGAUCUUGCACGGUGCACUAGGUGUGGGCUAUUGGAGACCUUUGCACACUUCUCUUAUUUUAGUCUUGAAAAUAUUCCUUUUAUUUAUUAAAUUUAGUGUAAAAGCCUAGGUACAGACUUUCACUCAGAUUUGGGAGCUUUACAACAGUAUCAGCUUUUAGUUUGAAUGAUCCGAUCCAGCCUGCACCUCACAGUGGACUAUUGAAAUCCUUAUAGAUUUACUGAAUGAACAAAAGAAUCUGAAAGGCCUUAAAUGUAGUUUGACCCUGCAGUGCGAGGGUUUUAGCAUGGGACAGAUGUCUCUUCUAAUAAUGAAGAGGCUUUAUCUUGUAAUCUUAAAGGGACAGUUCGACAUUGUAAAGAGUUCAUGUACUCACUUUCUCCAAGAGUUACAUGAGAGUAUGGAUAACACUCUUAUCUUAUUGUCCUUUCAGUGCAAAGCUGGAGCCAGCAGCCUGUUAUCUUAGCUUAGCAUAAAGACUGGAAAUAGGAGGAACUGGCUCCUAUCUGGAAUUCUGCUAAGAUAAGCUAGCAGGCUGCUGGCUGUAGCCUUAGCAAAUAAGCAUUUCUUUCUAGUGGAUUCCUUUAAAAAAAAGGAAAAUGUCUGAAAAUUGUAGUUUGGAAUUUUUAUAAGAAAAGGGAUAACAUAAAGGCUUUGUCAGACUUUCCAGUGGAUGGAGCUACCUGAGUUCAGUACAUAUCAGAUUACAUUCCCUACCACGAAGGAAAAUGGUCCAACGGUUCUCUGUAUUUUUUUUUAUCUCAGUUCCUGAGUUCUGUGUGUGUGUAACAUCUUGUAGUUGCACAUGUGCUUUAAUCAUCAGUGUACAUCUUCACCUGUAUCUUUUCUCCACAUCAUGUCUCUGUUGAGGCAGAGUGCUCCUCACUUGCAAUGCUGCAUUUAAACACACAGAGGUGCUCCAGCAUCACAGAGCCUUGCUCCUCAUACACAUUGAGGUGGUGAUUGACCAUGUUUUUGUCUGUACAGUUGGUCAUGUGCAAAAAAAUAAAUAAAGGAGAAGGGGUCAGGUGUUACUACUACACCUAAACAAUAGAAAAUGAACUUAGAAAUGUUUUUAUUAACUGUAAGUCAAAGUCGUUGUCAUAUUUGCCAUUGCAGUUUAAUGAUUUUCUUACUUCACUUUUCACUGUAUCGUGUUUUUAGACAGUUAAGUAUUUUCCAUUCCAGCUAUGCUCGUGUUUAAUUCUGGGUUUCCUGACACGUGUAAACAUAGUCUUACACUUUAGUUCUCUCAGGGUUCACCCACAUCUCAAAGGCUCUGAUGGUAUUUCUUAGUUGACCUAAAUGGUACCUUUAAAAUUAUUAUUAGAUAAAAUAAAACUUUCGGCAUAUAAAUUAAGAUUUAUGCUUUUGGGACUCUGUAAUGCCGUGAUAUUGGACCAGAUUAGAACGAAAAAGAUCCUCGAUUGUUAACAUAUGCAGUUAAUUAUUGGAAUGUUAAGUGACGUACAGUUGAAAUGUAUUAUCUUUUUAAUACUAAGUUUGGAUAUGUUAAUGACUAUGAUUUUCUGUGUAGCUGUUGAUGGAGAACUAAUACUGGUAUCACUGCUUGUAAACUAAGCAAUUUUUUUAAGUAUACUGGAGAAGUUCACAGAUACUAUACGUAAGAGUGUAUUAUUUGAUUAUGAGAAAUUCUGUUGAAAUUAUGUUUCACCUUUUAUUCUCUGCACAGUAAAGUAUAAAUAAAUAUUAAAUAUUGA